AUGAUGGUGCUUUGUUUUCUGAGCAGAACACUGCAUCUAGCAAGACAUUCAUCCAGUCCACUUGGGAGACAAUUCUGUUCAGCCAGCACAAAUAAGCCAGUGUUGACUUUAUUCACCAAGAAACCAUGCCCUCUCUGUGAUGAAGCAAAAGAAGUGCUUGAGCCAUAUAAGAGAAGGUUUAUUUUGCAGGAGGUGGAUAUUACCCUUCCAGAGAACUCGAUAUGGUAUGAUAAAUACAAAUAUGACAUACCUGUUUUUCAUUUAAAUGGGAAGUUCCUAAUGAAGCAUCAAGUAGACAUUGAAAAGUUUGAGAACCAGCUUAUGAAGCUGGAGUUACAAAAUGAUGGAAACCAGUGA